AAGUUUUGUAAAAUAAGUUUGAUAAAUUUCAUUACGAAAAUUUAAUUUGAUUUUAUUAUUGUAAUAUUUUCAUGAGUGACAAUCACUAUGAAAUAUGAAACAUAAACAUUCGUGGUAAUCGAUACUCAUGUGAAUUCUAAAAUUCGUAUUCACUUGUUACGUAUUUUCAUAUCAUAUCAUAUCAUCGUUGCGUAUUAAUAUGGACAAGCAAAAAACAAACCAUAUUCUCUAUUUUUAUACGCAAGAAUGAUUCACAAUAAUGAUACUAGAAUAACGAUACUAGAAUAUGCAACAAGUAGAAACGUAUUUUAAUGUGUAAAUUAUCGUGAUAUUUACCUCGAACUAAUAAUCUAUGAUUACUGAUGAUCACUAUUUUAAAAUAUAUAGAAUUUAUAUUACAGACUUUCAAUAAUUUUAUAUAAAUAAAAGUGUGUGCGCGUGCGUGUGUGUGCAUGUGGAUGUCAACAAAUGAAAAUAAAAAUGUUUCGAGAACAGGGGAAAUGAAUUGGUUUUUAGUGCUAUACUACAUUCAUCUUCACCUUUUUGGUGUUUAUGGAUUUUGGUUAUUACUUUUCGAAGCAAAAUGGAUGACAGUGCUAUUUGCCAUUUUUGUCAUAUCGAUUGCUUGUUUUGGAGUAACUGUAGGCGCUCAUAGAUAUUAUGCACAUAGAACAUUCGAAGCAUUAAUACCUCUUAGAUAUUUUUUCCUUAUAGCUCAGACUAUUGCUGGUGUUGGUCCUUUGUAUGACUGGGUUCGUUAUCAUAGGAUACAUCAUAAAUAUUAUGAUACUGAUAAAGAUCCGUAUUCUACUAAUAAAGGAUUUUGGUACAGUUAUUUUAUCAGCUACAUUAUGAAUUUAAAUUUGAAGGAAGAGGAAUUGAAAAAAAUAGUAGACAUGCGAGACAUCGAAAAUGAUUCUUCCGUUUUGAUUCAGAGAUCAUUAUAUUGGAGUUUGGUCAUACCGGUAACAUUACUAAUUCUUAUUUUCGUGCCUAUGGAAUAUUGGAACGAAAGCGCCCAAAACUCUAUCUUUAUUAUGGGAUUUUUGCGAUUGCUUAUAACUUCUAGCGUAUCUAAGAUGGUUAACAGCGCCAUCUUGAUAUGGGGUCUUAAACGAGGAGACAAAUUUCCAGUCGAUGAUAAUUCGAUCUUUUACAUUACCAAAUCUUAUUGGCUAAAUUAUCAUUAUCUUCUUCCUUGGGAUUGGAAAAGUUCGGAAUUUGGCAAAUACGAUAAAGGAUGCGGUACUAUAAUGAUUAAAAUUUUGCGUAAUUUUGGUUUGGUGAGUCUACUUAAAACCUCAUCGACGGAAGAUGUUAGAAACAUUAUUCACAAAUUUGGAAGUAAAAGCAUUACAUUGACAGAGGCGAUAACUGAAUUACAAAAGCGAAGCGAAGAGAAAGCUAAACGAGAAAACCUACGCUUUAUACAUUAAUA